UCCGGAGAGAGUCGUCCCGAUUGGGCCUGUUGGUCCCUUGUCAGGCUUUGGUUCCGGGAGCCUUUUCCGGCGGUGCAAUUAGCCGGGGUGGCUGAAGGUGAUAGCAAUGGCUGGCCGCAGGGUUGCUCUGAAAGCAAUAGAUUGGGCAGCAUUUGCUGAACGAGUGUCAGUUGAUCAGAAACCUAUGUUUAAUGCUUUCAAAUCACGUAGCGAUGCUAUUGCAGCCAAGCUUGCAUCUUUGCCAGAGACACCACCAGCCAUUGACUGGACUUUCUACAGGACUGCAGUUGCAAAUUCUACCCUAGUGGAUGAAUUUGAAAAGAAGUUUAAGGCACUGCAGAUUCCUCUGCCUGCAGAUACUGAAAUGGCUAAAAUAAGCGCCCAAGAAAAGGAAUCUGAUAAGAAUGUUGCUGAUUUCAUACAGGCUUCUAAAGCCCGCAUUGCUGAAUACGAGGAGGAGCUUCAGCAACUGAGAAACAUGAUCCCUUUUGAAAAUAUGACAUAUGAAGAUCUACCUGAAAAAUUUCGGGAUCCUACACUGGACCCAGUAAAAUAUCCUCAUUGGCCACACAAGCUUGCUUCUGAAGUAUAAAUACUGGCUGUUCAAAAGCAUUGUGCAACAUCAAUGCUUCUUCAGGAAUCCAUUAAUAAAGUAAUUGCACAUGAGCCU